UGUGAUGAGUCGUACAUGUAUUCCCCUGAACAGUAUAUAAAGCGUAGCCGUGCUGUGAAGGUGUAGUAUCUCCAUCAGGAAAACUCCUCUUCAGUACUUACCUGUUCAUCAUGAUGAAGCUGAUCCUUUCUCUGACUCUCAUCUGGGCGCUCUCCAGCACGGCGGGAGCACUUCAGUGUCAAACUUGUACAACUCAGCAGUGUUCAACCACAGCACCAGUAACAUGUCCCUCAGAGACGUCUUGUAUAACAGCUUCCAUUCAAGCAAUUACAUCUGGAACUCCAGUACAGCAAAUCUUCAAGGCGUGUGCAUCGUCCUCCCUUUGUCCAGCCACAGGCACGCAGACAUUUUCAGUCAACUUGGGUGUUAGGAGUGCAGUUGCAUCUGCUGAGUGCUGCAACACAGACAACUGCAACGCAGCAACUCUGCCUUUCCCUGCUGCUCAGCCAGUGAACUUGCUACAGUGCGUUGUGUGUGACCCUUUCACCUCUCAAUGCACUACAGUGCAAUGUAGAGGAGUGGAGAACAACUGCUUUAAAGCAACUGUGACGAGUGGGUCCACCUCUGCUCCAGCCUUGGGCUGUGCAUCCACAAACAUGUGUGCAGCUGCUGGCAGCCUGGGUACCUUACCUUUCUUGCAAAAUGUUGGUUCCGUCAGCGGUUCGUCUUGUUGUGGGACCAUUGGGUGUAAUACUCCCAUAACAACUACAACUGCUGCCCCAACGACAGCUGCAACAGCUGCCCCAACGACAGCUGCAACUGCUGCCCCUACGACAGCUGCAACAGCUGCCCCAACAACAGCUGCAACCGCUGCCCCAACGACAGCUGCCACCGCUGCCCCACGCACCGCUGCAACAGCUGCCCCAACGACAGCUGCAACCGCUGCCCCAACAACAGCUGCAACCGUUGCCUCACAACAGCUGCCACCCCCUGCCCCAACGACAGCAGCAACCGCUGCCUCAACACAGCUGCCACCCCUGCCCCAACGACCGCUGCACCAGCUGCCUCAACAACAGCUGCCACCGCUGCCCCAACGACAGCUCUGCCACCGCUGCCCCGACGACAGCUGCCACCUCUGCCCCGACGACAGCUGCCACCGCUGCCCCGACGACAGCUGCAACCGCUGGCCCGACGACAGCUGCAACAGCUGCCCCGACGACAGCUGCCACCGCUGCCCCGACAACAGCUCCAACCGCUGCCCCAACGACAGCUUCCCUGCUGCUCAGGCGGUGAACAGACUAGAGUGCUUCAUUUGUGACCCUCUCACCUCUCAAUGCACUUCUACAGUGCAAUGUAAAGGAGCGGAGAUCCGCUGCUUUAAAGCAACUGCUGCAACAGUUGCCCAAACGACAGCUGCCACCACUGCCCCAACAACAACUGCACACCUGCCCCGACAACAUCUGCCACCGCUGCCCAAAAACAUCUGCAACCGCUGA